AUGUCUCGGAGAUAUGAUUCACGGACUACCAUUUUCUCCCCAGAGGGGCGAUUGUACCAGGUCGAAUAUGCGCUGGAAGCCAUCUCCCACGCCGGAACAGCUCUAGGGAUCCUUGCCAAGGAUGGAAUUGUGCUCGCCGCCGAGAGGAAGGUGACCAGCAAGCUCUUGGAGCAGGACACUUCCGCCGAGAAGCUCUAUACCAUCAACGAUAACAUGAUCUGCGCCGUCGCGGGCAUGAAUGCCGAUGCCAAUAUCCUGAUCAACUACGCCCGCCAAAACGCCCAGCGCUACCUCAUCACCUACAACGAAGACAUUCCCUGCGAACAGCUCGUUCGCCGACUGUGCGAUCUGAAGCAAGGCUACACCCAGCACGGUGGUCUCCGCCCGUUCGGUGUGUCAUUCAUCUAUGCCGGGUACGACCACCUCCGCCAGUUCCAGCUGUACCAGAGCAACCCGAGCGGGAAUUACGGUGGAUGGAAGGCGACGAGCGUGGGCGCCAACAAUGCUAGUGCGCAGAGUCUCCUCAAGCAGGAUUACAAGGAGGAUUGUGAUUUGAAGGAGGCAUGUGCCAUGGCGGUCAAAGUUCUGAGCAAGACGAUGGACUCGACAAAGUUGAGCAGCGAGAAGAUCGAGUUUGCAACAGUGGGAAGAACCAAAGAUGGCAAGAUCUACCACCAUCUAUGGACUGCCGAUGAGAUUGACGCUCUGCUGCGAGACCAAGGACUUGCCAAGGUUGAUGAUGAGCCGGAGGCGGGCGACAUAAAAUAG